GUUAGGAAGAAAAAAUAAAAGAAAAUAAGAGUCAACACAACACACACACACACACACACACACACACACGAAGAGGAAGGCUGUGAAAGGCAGGCAGGCACUUGUGGUGCCCCGCAGGGCACUACAUCUACCAACACAGAUGCAGUAACACCUCCUGACCCAGUAUGAGCACCACAAAUAAAUAAAGAAGAAGAAAGCGAUGAUGAACGGUAGAAUUCAUCUAAUAACAAGAACAAUUUGAAGAACACAGCACAGCGAGGCGACAGUGUGAAGAACAAACCAUCAUGGAAACACACAGGGAGUAAAAAGGGGCGUCUCAGGCCACCACAUAGCUCUGCCGGAAACCACCCACUUCACCCAACGACAGCACCACGCUAAAGGACGAGAAUCAUGUAAACCCAAGCCAUGUAGACUACUCAUGAAUAUUCACUCUUAUGUACUUAUGAGGAUGUAACCAUAUCAUAGAGUGCACCCUCAGUGCCUUAUGUGUAAAGUCAAUGGUUAUGACGUAGUAAUGACGUAUAGUGACGUAGGCAACCGCCCAUAUAAGGGGGUUCCUGUUGGAUGUACGAGAUGUAUUCUGCCUGCGCCCGCACCCGCGAGGCGAACCUCUGUCAGUUAUUGACUCACUCAGUAAACGGGAGCACACACGCCCUGCAUUUCCUUAGCCAGACAUCUUACAUGGCACAGUGAACGGAAGUCUGGACCUACUAACUGACCACUCCUCCCCGGCCGUCACCAGCCUCCGCUCCAGAGAAGUGCGAGCUGGAGAUGUCGCCAGCCGCCUUUAAGUCACGGAGGAGGUCCAUGGAGUGCUGGCUGCUUCUGUGCAGGUGGCCGCCACAGGAGGCAGUGCAACACGUCAGGCUCCAAUGCGUCCCUGCCCUGCAUUGGGCCCUGGACGCACGCUUCACUAUGGACCAGUGGAGCACCCUGACUCCACCCACGGCCUUGGACGCCAUCGGCAAGCUCGUCCUUCGGCCAUAUACACAGGCAGUGCAGUGGGCAGAGUUCUUUGGAGUGAGGCAGGAGCAGGAGUGUGUCAGUGAGUACAUAACCAAGUGCACACAGAAAGCGACAGACUGUGCCUUUAAGUGCCAACAGCGUAGCACAGAUUUGUCGGAGUACUUGUCGCUUAGAAAGUUAAUGGGAGUCCUCCGUGACGUGACACUGAGGCAACAAGUGUACCAGGCGUGUGACUCAAUCGGCAGUGUCGACGCCCUGAGGGCCAUGUGUUGUGCUCACGAGGCCGCCCGUCGCGACACCACAGGUGGUGGAGGCCCGGGGCGGGAGGCUGCUCGUGCGGCUGGCACCGCGCAAAGCGAGGAGACCGAGUGCGAGGAAGAGUAGCUGUAAUUUGAACUGAGCUAUAAGAUUAACAGUAUUUAUAACUGUUGGUGGAAUUGAGGUUUUAAAUCUAAUAAUUGUAAUUCAGCUUAAGAGUUGUAAAAAGUAAACUAACUCAUGUAAACAAUAUUCUCAUGAGUAAAUACACUCAUCAUAUAUAUAAGGAAAAAAGUGCCCACCACCUCAGACAAUUUGGUGGAAGACACUUAAAAAUCCCUCCCUGACACUUACCCUGACGGUGGUAUACAAUAUACAUAUUAGCGACGUUUCACAGGAGGUUUAAUACAUUAUGUUAGUAUCUUAAUACUAACUAACAGCUUACAGAAUAUUGAAAACUUCUGAAAAAAAUGUGAAAAGUUUUAUAACAGCCAUUGUAUUCUGGCAGAGACACAGGUCAGUCAGGUGUCAUGUUAGGUCUUGUUCAUUAGGUUAGGUUAGAAUUAAAUAACACUAAACUUCCUAGCGAUCCGAUCACACCUCGGACAAUGUAUUGCAUCAGCGGCACACGUUAGGUUUUAUGAGGUAAUAAUUCAUGGGUAAUAUAUAUGACAACAAUAUUGCCCACCUAGCUGUGUGCUGGAUAACCAUUAACAGUACUACG